AUGGACACGCAAGAAGGCCUGAGGCCAGCAGCGGCUGGACGAAGCAGCAUCGACUCGGAUUCCACUGAUAUAUCAGAGCUAGUGAUUGAGGAGCCUCCGGAGUCGCAUGGCGGAUUCCCUCCAAGAGACGGGAUUGAGGCGUGGAAAUUCCUGUUGGGUUGUUCUAUAGUUGAAGCUUUUAUCUGGGCAUUUGCCCUAUCGUUCGGGAUAUUCGAGGCCUAUUUUGGAACUCACCCGGCAUAUCAAUCAUCCUCAUAUAUAUCCACCAUCGGAACCCUCUCCGUCGGCCUAUCUUAUCUAGGCCUUCCUCCCAUCAACGCCUUAGCGCUCCGUUACCCCCACCGCCAGCGUCAGCUCAUGAUCCUAGGCUGGCUACUCACCCUGUUCUCUCUUCUCUGCGCCUCCCAGGCCACCAAGGUAUGGCACCUGGUGCUCUGGCAAGGUUUCGCGCUCGGCCUCGGCUGGGUCGUCUGCUAUGCGCCGUUCCUGAUCAUGUUGAACGGGUGGUUCGACAAGCGGCGAGGCCUGGCGUACGGUAUCGUGUUCGGCGCCUCGGGUCUAAGCGGGAUGAUUAUUCCGUUCUUAUUAGAGAAAGGUCUACGGGAACACGGCUAUGAAGUCACGCUGCAGUACUUCGUCCUUGCCACCAUCAUCGUGACCGGUCCAGCAUUACUGUUAAUCAAGCCUCGAGUAACUUCUCAGAAACGGGAACUGCAGCAGGACGACACUUCGCCAUUCCUAGGACGUCCACACCGAAAGCCACAGGACAUAAACACCGACAACUCUUACUAUGGCUUCUUGCAUUCCGUCCCCGCCCUCCUCUUCAUGCUCUCCGUUCUUCUCCAAGGCCUCGCCGGCUUCCUCCCGGACAUUUUCAUCCCUUCUUAUUCCGCUGCAAUAUCCCCACCCGGGAACUACGGAGAUCUCCUCCUCGCACUCCGCUCUUUGUUCCAAACCGUUGGACAAAUCGGCAUCGGCUAUGCUUCCGACGUAUUCCAUCCGCUUCUUCCGCCAUUCAUCGAUGUUGCGGUGUCGACUGUGUCGGUUAUCGGAAUCUGGGGUCCCGCGAAGUCGACACCAGUGCUCGCCUUGUUUGCUUCUAUAUGGGGCGCAUUUGCUGGGGGUUAUAGUGUCGUGUGGUUUCGAGCUGUGGCUCUAUUGGCCGAGUCUCGAAUUUCGUCAGCAGAGAGGUCAAGACCGGAGGGUUGCUCACCGCAGACAGUGACAAUGUACGGAUGGUGUAGUUUCCUACGCGGGGUCGCGAUGAUCGUCGGUGGUUAUAUAGGAGCUAAUUUACUAGGGAAAGAAUCCGAUGUGGAUCUAGAGAAAUUCGGACUGGGCAGAUGGGAUUGGGUGGUGCGGUUUUGUGCGAUCGCGCUGUUUGCGAGUACGAUUUGCGGGGGCCUGUGCUGGAAGUGGGACAUCGUCGCACGACGACGGCGGGCGAAUCGAUCGGCUCAUACACUAGAUGACCGGUAG